UUGCUACUCCAUGACUUUGGUGGCAUGCUCUGCUCACAUGUGCAGCUCGAGGAUUGAGCGUUGGGACGUGGAUUCACAAGCGUGCCAGCAUAUAUUACAAGAAGUAUGGACGGCGUUCCUUGGUGACAAUAUCUGUGAUGUCGAAACCAUGGAUUGCGAGUGGAUCCUGGCCUUGCAACCACAAACAUGAACUUGACCCUAACGUUCUCCUCAACUCAUACCUUUCAGACGAAUUCGCUUGGGAAACUUAACGGUAAAUGUCGGUCGGAGGUGCCGUCAAGUUCGGGACGAGCUCCCGAACGCUCUCCGGGGCUCUUUCCUUCCCGCGCUCCACUGCGGCGUCCUUGGGCUAAGUACAUGCUCAUGUUAGCUGAUUCUAUAGCUGCAAAUGACUGCUUUCUCAAUCUUUCGCUGCCCAGAAGACCCGACAGAAGGUCUGCCACAUCUCGGCGUCUGUCUUGUGUUCUGAUUUCUCUAGCUGCCUAUGAACCUGACACCUGGUGGCUUCCAGGAUAUACGAAAUGCGAUGAGGAGAAGAUUUGGGAAGAGCUGGACGACGUUUUCCGAGAGUGGGGAGUUGUGCUGUGGUGUAGCACGGACAGCAAGGCUACUUGUACACUAGUUCCCGCCCCUGUCUAGUGGAUUCUCGUACAUGACGAACAGCAGGGAGCGCGACAACGGCAUUGACACGUCCAGGUAGAUACAGCCGUGUUCAACAUGGAACCCACUUACGCGCGCAUCGGUCGUGCAGAGGAUGGGCGCGACUUUGCUAUGCGUACAUUGCUCCAGUGCUCUAAAUGUUUAAGAUGUCAUAGAGCUGGCAACAACUUCUCCCAAAGAGACACGCGGCGUCUGGAUUUCCUCAUAGAUAGGUUC